AUGGACCGUGUCUGCUCGACUUGCAACCGCAACAAAGCACGGUCAUCAUAUAGGCCUAACGAGUGGCACAAGGGCCCCGGCCUGUCGCAAUGCACAAGUUGCCUCCAUGGACACGCACCCGAUAACUCAUCAAGUCGGUACUCCAGCAGCGGCAGAUACAACAAAUCCAAUUCAGUUCUUGUCUCAGAAUCUGCUCUAGAAAAGCCUUUUGCUCAAGGUGCUUUCCGCUUGGUAGCUAAAGGAAUCUAUAUCUCAGGUCCUCGUCAAGGCGAAGAUUGUGUUAUUAAGUGGUUUAAAUCUGACGUUGUGUUCUCAGAUACCUAUUUCACUCUCGAUAUCAAAGCUGUCAAUAAGGCUUUGGAGAUUGUUGACAAGUUUAAUAAGCUGAACCUGAUUAACAAGGUUAUUAAAGUUAAUGUUCCCGAAGUAUGGCAUUUUACAGACGAUAGCCCUGCCGAGCGGGCUGGCCAACGAUAUUUGUGCGAGCCUUUUAUCCAAAACUACCAAAAGUUCAAUAGCAAUACUGGAUGGAACGAUAGUUCUAUACCCUGGGGGAAGGUGAUGCAAGCCCUGAGCCAUUUCAGCUACCACAUAUCAGGAGGGAAAUACGUCCUGUGCGACCUCCAAGGCGGAAUUUAUCGACACGGGGCCGUUCUCUCCGAUCCAGCCAUCCUAUCCCGGAGUCGAGACUACGGCGUGACUGAUCUUGGUUCAGAUGGCAUCAGCUCAUUCUUCAGGCAGCAUACCUGUAACGACUACUGCCGCUCUGGCUGGAUUAAACCCGAUAAUCCGACUCGACGGUUCAACCCAGUCCGGGGCACGACCAUGAUCAGGCAUGCUGUGCCCGCGCGUAUUUCCAGACCCUGA